AUGUUGGACAUGGGAGAUAAGAAAGAAGUGAAAAUGAUUCCGAAAUCGUCGUUCAGCAUAAACAGCCUGGUGCCCGAAGCGGUUCAGAGUGACAACCGUCACCGAUCUGCCCCUGAAGAGCAGGACAAAAACAUUUUGCCAGCGGUGGAGUCCAAGUCUGAAAAUACUCUCAGCAAAAGUGAGAACAGCUCGGCAGAGCCGCCCUGCUCGGAAGAGAAGGAGAAGCAGGAAGACAAGAAGGCCGACGGGAAGGAGGGAGACGCCGGCAAGGAGGGAGAGAAGAAAAAUGGCAAAUACGAGAAGCCCCCGUUUAGCUAUAAUGCCCUCAUCAUGAUGGCAAUUCGGCAGAGCCCCGAGAAACGCCUCACGCUCAAUGGCAUCUAUGAGUUCAUCAUGAAGAAUUUCCCUUACUACAGGGAGAACAAGCAGGGCUGGCAAAACUCCAUUCGGCACAAUUUAAGUCUGAACAAAUGUUUCGUGAAAGUUCCGAGGCAUUACGAUGACCCGGGGAAAGGGAAUUAUUGGAUGUUGGAUCCAUCUAGUGACGAUGUCUUCAUAGGUGGCACCACCGGCAAACUUCGUAGGAGAUCCACAACAUCGAGGGCAAAGUUAGCCUUCAAGCGGGGAGCGCGCCUCACCUCGACCGGACUGACAUUCAUGGAUAGGGCGGGCUCCCUAUAUUGGCCCGUGUCUCCCUUCUUGUCCCUGCAUCACCCCCGAGCGAGCAGCACCUUAAGUUAUAAUGGAACCACCUCACCUUAUCCCAGUCACCCGAUGUCCUACAGCUCGGUGUUAACUCAGAACUCGCUGGCAAACAACCACUCAUUUCCAACAUCAAACGGCUUAAGUGUAGAUAGACUUGUUAACGGAGAAAUCCCUUAUGCCACCCAUCACCUAACGGCUGCAGCCGCCUUGGCUGCUUCAGUGCCGUGUGGUUUGUCUGUUCCGUGCUCGGGGACAUAUUCGUUAAACCCCUGCUCGGUAAAUCUCCUGGCAGGACAGACAAGUUACUUUUUCCCCCAUGUUCCUCACCCUUCAAUGACUUCUCAAAGCAGCACUUCAAUGACGGCCAGGACAGCAUCUUCCACGUCUCCACAGGCGCCUUCAACUCUCCCCUGUGAGUCUCUAAGACCUUCUUUGCCAAGUUUCUCCACAGGACUUUCUGGAGGACUUUCUGAUUACUUCACACAUCAAAACCAGGGGCCCUCUUCAAACCCUCUAAUACACUAA